AUGGCGUCCCUACGACCUUUCAAUCGCGUCGCGGAGCAAUUGCGACUACGGACACGCAUCACAUACCCCUCUACAACCCCCACGACGUCCGGGUUCCUGAGCCGCAGAUGCAGCGCACGGUUCUACUCGAGCGAAGAGGCGCCGCCACCGCCGCUACUACAAAAGAUUAAAGGCGAUCUGAAGGCAGCGAUGCGCGCCAAAGAUGCUCCCCGCCUAACCGCCAUCCGCUCCGUCCUCUCCGCCGUCCUCAACGCCUCCAAGACCGCAUCCCCCAUAACCACCGACGCGCAACUCGUCGCGCUCCUGCGCAAGUCCCAGCGCGCCUCCGACGACGCUGCCGCCGAGUUCCAAGCUGCCGGCCGUCAGGACCUAGUCGAUAAGGAGCACACGCAAGUCGCCAUUCUCGGUGAGUACGUCGCCGCGAGCGGAUUCCAAGAGACUUCCGAGGACGAGUUGCGCACCAUCGUCGCCGGCGUCCUCACCGCCAUGACUAGCGAGGCUGCCGCCUCUGUCCCGCCCACCGGCGAUACUCCUCCCUUCGGCGACGUCAUGAAGACUCUCCUGGCUCCUGCCGGGCCCCUCGACGGCAAGGAUGUCGACAAGGCCCAGCUGGCCAAGAUCGUGAAGGAGUUGAGGGGCGCCAAUUGA